AUGGCUAUAUUAAUUUUCUUCUUUGUGCUGCUGUUUUCUGGAACAAGUUUCAGUCAAGAGAAAACAUAUGUCCUUACAGCACCAAAGAUCUUCCGAAUUGGAGCAUCUGAAAAAGUUGUAGUUCAAGCUUUUGGCUAUGAGAAGGAAUUUUCUGUCAAUGUUGCCUUAAAAAGUUUUCCAGAUAAGCUCGUUACUUAUUCUUCUGGCUACAUGUCUUUAACUCCAGCCAAAAAAUUCCAGGAUGCUGUAACAUUAACGCUUCAACCAGCAGAUUUAUCAAGAACAGCAAAUUCAGUCCAAUAUGUGUAUUUGGAAGCGGUUUCCCCACACUUUACAAGGUUAAAAAAAAUUCCAGUUUCCUAUGAGAAUGGAUUUCUCUUUAUUCAGACAGACAAACCUGUUUAUACUCCUGAUCAAUCAGUGAAAGUCAGAGUCUAUUCUUUGAAUGAAGAACUGCAGCCAGCUCGGCGAGAAACCGUCCUAACUUUUGUGGAUCCUGAUGGAGUAAAAGUGGAUAUUAUAGAAGAAGAAGAUUUUACUGGAAUAGUUUCUUUUCCUGACUUCAAGAUUCCUUCUAAUCCUAAGUAUGGAAUUUGGAAGAUUGAAGCCAAGUACAAGAAGAAUUUCAUAACCUCAGCUGUUGCAAAAUUUGAAAUUAAGGAAUACGCAAUGCCAAGCUUUUCCAUUAUCAUAGAGCCAGAAAACAGCUUUAUUAGCUCUGACAAAUUUGAGAACUUCAGGAUUACUGUGAAAGCCAGCUAUUUUUAUAAUAAAAGAGUUCCAAGUGCUGAUGUUUUCCUUCGUUUUGGAAUAAUUGAAGAAACUGGGAAAAAAAUGAUGCCUCGUGCUUUACAUGUAACUAAGAUUGUAAAUGGAGUUGCUGAAAUCAAUUUUAACAGCAAAAAAGCAGUUAGUUUUAUAGGGUUUCAAAGUCUAGAAGAAUUGGAUGGGUUACGCUUAUAUAUUGUAGCAUCAGUGCUAGAGUCUUCAGGUGGCCUUAGUGGAGAAGCAGAGUUUGAUGGAGUCAUAUAUGCUGUAUCUCCUUACAAACUGAACUUGGUUGCCACUCCUCUCUUCGUGAAGCCUGGACUUCCAUUCUUCAUUAAGGUGCAGGUGAAAAACACGGUAGAUAACUUUGUUGGAAACGUCCCCAUAAUUGUGACUGCAAAAUCACUGAGCGAGCAAAUGGAUGAGACCGAGGUGUUACCUGAGGGCUCAGAGGCUGGUAGAAGAACAACAAGUGUGAAUGAUGGAACGGCUGUAUUUGCUGUCAAUAUUCCAUCUAAUAACAAAAUAUUAGAAUUUCAAGUUAGAACUGCAGAUCCAAAUCUUUCAGAUGAAAACCAAGCAACUAAAACAUAUGAAGCAAAGGCUUAUUCAUCAUUAAGCCAGAGUUAUCUUUAUGUCGACUGGGCUUCAAACCACAAAAUCGUGCAAGUAGGCGAUUUCAUAAAUAUUAAUGUAUACCCACGCAGUCACUAUAUUCAUAAAAUACAUCACUACAGCUAUUUGUUAAUAUCAAAAGGGAAGAUCAUAAGCUUUGGAACUCAAGAGAGGAAUAAGGAUUUGGAUUAUGAGCACCUACAUCUUCAGAUAACUCAAGAAAUGGUUCCUUCAGCCCGCCUUGUUGUUUACUAUAUUGUCAUGGGAGAAGAAACUGCUGAGUUAGUAGCUGAUUCAGUUUGGCUGAAUGUGGAACAGAACUGUGGGAAUAGGCUUGAUACUAAUCUGCUGUCAAGCAAACAGACGCUGAAGCCAGGAGAAACCACAUCACUUAACAUGAAAACCCAGUUCAGUUCCUUCGUUGCUUUGUCAUCUAUUGACAAAGCAGUGUAUGGAGUCACAGGAAGAGGAAAGAGAGCUGCGGAAAAAGUAAUGCUACAUUUGGAAAAGAGUGACCUAGGAUGUGGUGCUGGAGGAGGACGGAACAACGUUGAUGUGUUUCGAAUGGCAGGGCUUACAUUUUUAACUAAUGCAAAUGCUGAUGAUUCAAAUGAAGCAGAUGAAACUUGCAGGGAAACUUUAAGAACCAAAAGGUCUGAUUUUGAGGAACAGAUACUCAAGAAAGAUUUUGAGUCUGCAUUGGAAUUGGAAAAAGCAGAUGUGCGAAGUUAUUUCCCUGAAAGCUGGUUAUGGGAAGUUCAUCAAGUUUCCUCAAGGUCAAAGACUCUUUCUAUUACUCUGCCUGAUUCACUGACUACCUGGGAAAUACAAGGUGUUGGCAUAUCUGAUAAAGGUAUAUGUGUUGCUGAGCCCCUGGAAGUGCAGGUUUUAAAAGAUAUCUUCUUGAGUGUUUAUGUUCCUUAUUCUGUGGUGCGAGGAGAACAAAUUGAGUUAAAAGGAUCAGUCUAUAACUAUGGAGAUUCAGUAAUUAAGUUCUGUGUUAAAAUAGCAGCAGGCGAUGGAAUCUGUACUUUUGGAGAUACUGCAACUACUGGAAUGAGGACACGCACUUGUAACUUCAAGUAUCUAAAUGGUGGUUCAUCAUUACCAAUAACAUUCAGAAUACUUCCUUUGGAAUUAGGUCUUCAUACUAUCAACUUUACACUGUUGGCUGCCCAGAAUAGUGAAAUUGUAGUUAAAACAUUACGUGUAAUGCCAGAAGGAAUUAAGAGAGAACUUCAUGCAGGCUUUACUUUGGAUCCGAAUGGUGUUUAUGGCUUAAUCAAGAGACGACAAGAAUUUCGAUAUAAAAUUCCAUUGGAUCUGGUGCCUAAAACGAAAAUUGAUAGAAGUAUCAGUGUAAAAGGGCAUCUUAUGGGUGAAGUGAUUGCCACAGUCCUCAGUCCUGAUGGUUUCAAGUCUCUCACUAACCUGCCGAAGGGCAGUGCGGAGGCAGAGCUUAUGAGUAUUGUCCCAGUAUUUUACGUGUUUCACUACCUGGAGCAAUCAAAUAAUUGGCAUUUGUUGGGUCCUAGAACCUUGUCUUCAAGAACUGAAAUGAGGAGAAAGAUGAAAGAAGGAAUUGUAGGCAUCUUGUCAUUCAGAAAACCUGACUUCUCAUAUAGCAUGUGGAAGAACGGACAAGCUAGCACAUGGUUGUCAGCUUUUGCUUUAAGGAUUUUUGGACAAGUUAAUAAAUAUAUAAGUCUUGAUCACAUUUCUGUCUGUAAUUCACUUCUGUGGCUUAUUGAUAAUUGUCAAAUGCCAGAUGGGUCAUUCAGUGAAUUUUCAAGUUAUCAACCAGUGAAACUACAGGGAACAUUACCUACAGAAGCUAAAGAAAAAUCUUUAUAUCUCACAGCAUUUUCUCUUAUUGGAAUUGAGAAGACCAUUAAAAUAUGUCCUACUCAGAGAAUCCAUGAUGCUAAAAACAGAGCAGGAGAUUAUUUGCUGAGAAAUGUGCGAUCUGCUGAAAGCCCCUUUACGAUGGCCAUAAGUGCCUACGCUUUAUCUCUCGUGGACUUGAGCCAUCCCUCUGCACAGUCAGCGUUCUCUGCACUGAAGAAGGAAGCGUUUGUCAUAGUACACGUUGACGAUACAAUUAAUGCACUUGAGGCCUUGACUGAAUAUUCACUUCUUGUCAAACGCCUUAAUUUGGACAUGAAUAUUAAGAUCGCAUACAAACACAAUGGAGAUCUCAAUGCAUUUAAAUUGACAGAAGACAAUUUUGUGGGAAAAACUGUGACAGCACCCUUGGAUGAUGACAUAUAUGUAAGCACUGGCAGCAGCACUGGCUUAGCUACAGUAAAUGUGAGGACCGUAUAUAAUAUAAUUGGUACUUCGGAAGAAACAUGUAAUUUUGAACUGAAGAUUGUUCCAAAGAGUGAUGAUGGUUACAGAAGAGAAGGCGGGGAGCCCCUUGGGCGCUUAGAGGCUUGUGCAAAGUACAAGCCCAGCAUGAGAGAGCCACAGUCAGGGUCUGCACAUGCUGUGAUGGAUAUAGGUUUAGUUAGUGGACUGGAUGCUAAUACAGAAGACCUGACUACUCUUGCAAGUGGAGUUGAUCAACUGAUUGCAGAUUAUGAGGUUAAAGAUGGGCAUGUUAUUCUGCAGAUAGACUCUGUGCCAGCUAAUAAUUUCCUCUGUGUUGAAUUCAGAAUAAGUGAACUUUUCCAUGUUGGGAUGAUAAAUCCUGCCACAUUCACUGUCUAUGAAUAUCAUGCACCAGAUAAACAGUGCACUAUGUUAUACAACCCAUAUGGAGAUGAAAAACUUGUGAGAUUAUGUGAAGGGAAUGAAUGUAAAUGCAUGGAAGCUGAGUGUAGCAGGAUGCAAGAGAGACUAGAUCAGUCGAUAACUGCUGAUACCCGGCGAGAAGCUGCAUGCCAGGAUGACAUUGCAUAUGUUUAUAAAGUGGACAUCUUAUCUCGCACUGAAGAAGGUUCUUUUGUUAAGUAUGCUGCAGUUCUUCUAGAUGUCUAUAAGAGAGGGAAGGCUUUUGCUCAAAAAAAUAAUGAAGUAACCUUUGUUAAAAAGAAGACCUGUGCUGAUGUUGAGCUGAGCCCUGGAAUGCAGUAUUUGAUCAUGGGAAAAGAAGCCUUAAAGAUAAACAUUGGUUAUAAUUUCAAAUUCCAGUACCCUUUGGACUCCAGCACUUGGAUUGAAUGGUGGCCUUCAAAUAUAGUCUGUACAUCUUGUCAGGAGUUUUUAAAUACAAUGGAAAAUUUUGCUGAAGAUCUCAUCAUCAAUGGCUGUUGAUUUACUUACAGAUAUUUUAAAUAACAAGUAUAGAUCUAAUCUCA